CAUCAAGAUACAUACAAUGCCUCCAAAAGGUACCAAACCCACAAAUGAUGAGCUGCUAGCUCAAUUUGAUGAUCUCGGUAUCGACACGACGGGCAAGUCCUCAGAACAGACUUCGGCCCCUCCAACCACGACAACCACAAAGCCAGCUUCCACAGAACCCUCUACGACAGCUGUCGUGAAGGAUCCUCUAGCUGAAUUAGAGAAUCUCGCUUCUCAGCGACCCAGCACCCCCCGCCUGUCAGCAGAAGCUCGUCGCCCGAAGCCUUCUUCCGGUCGGACAAGUGAAGAGAAGCCUCCUACACAACCCCACGCUGCCGCUGUUGAGGAUGAGCAACAGGCAGAAAAGGCCCCGGUCGUACCACCACAAGAAGAGACUAAGAGCUCCGGCGGAGGAUGGUGGGGAGGAUUCUUGUCGACAGCAACGGCAACAGCUACCGCUGCGAUGAAACAGGCAGAAGCGGCCGUGAAGGAGAUUCAGAAAAACGAAGAAGCACAGAAAUGGGCGGAACAGGUGAGAGGGAACGUGGGUGCUCUUAGAGGUCUUGGAGGAGAACUGCGGACUUUGGCUCUACCAACCUUCACAUCGAUUAUUCACACACUAGCUCCUCCAAUCUCAUCUCACGAACGCCUACAAAUACACAUCACGCACGACUUGUCUGGAUACCCAAGUCUUGAGCCCAUAAUACACUCGGUAUUCGCGCGAGUCAUGUCACAAGUCGAAGGCGGUGAUCUCCUCGUCAUUCAACGCGGUCAAGAAUCCGCUCCUCGUCGAGGAACAGAUUUCGGCUUUCAAUCUUCAAUUACAGGAUGGCGCGAUGGGCCAUGGUGGCGGACUAUCACACCCGGCACCCCUCGUAGCAUCGCAGCCGUCCCCGGAGUCGUGCCAGGCACAAAACUCGCUCGCGCAAGUGCAGAAGCUUACGCGACAGAAUUCUAUUCUUUGCGAGGUGGACUUGAAGAAGCCGCUAAGCAAGCGACUGAGGUUUUGAGUGAAUCCAAUCCCGUGCGAAGCAGCGACAUAUUCCUUGCGAUCCAAGCAAUUAGCCAGAUCACUCCCAAGGAUUUGUUUCAAGCUGGCCCGACAGCGGAAAAGAGUACAUCGGAAUCCGCCGGUGGCGUAGUCGAAAUCGCGGAAGAAGACGAAGAAGAGAUCCUGUUCGCUGUCUACCUGCACGAUCCUGUUCAUGGAAUCGCAUUCAGCACAAUCUCACAGACUAUUCCUCGUAAAUGGAUCGAUUGGCUCGAUGCAUCUGCUCCUGCUUCAGACGAUGAUACGCGCACCAAGAUCCCCGAGGCAAUUCAGGAUAUCAUUGAAAGCGGCGGCGUGGAUCCACGGGAAUGGGUUUCGGAGUGGUUGGAGGAAUCAUUGAGUCUGUCGACCGGUGUCGUUGCGCAGCGGUACGUUGCACGUCGUAUGGGUGUUGGUGAAGGUGGUACUGCAAAGGGGAAAUUGAGGGCUGAGCAAGCCACGACGAUUGAAGGUGGCGCUGGAGAGGCUGCAAGGACAUUGAUUUAG